AGAGAGAGAGAGGUAGAGUGGUAGCUCGAGCGCAGGUUUAGUCGCAGCAUCAUCGUCGGCACUAUUAACGCUGGCGAAUUUUCCGUCGUCCUCCGUACCGGAGAAAAGCUCGAGGAGCUGAAUCUGUUUGGAUUUUUAGAACUCUCUUUCUUUCCCUUUUCUCUGGUCCUUUGCUUUAUCUCUUGUGUUGUGUACCCAUGUUCUGCAACAGUUGAACCAUGCAUCCCCAUAUGUUCUUCUCGCUUCCCAAUCUCGCAUUCAUCUUCUCCUGUGAUCUCUGAUUCCUCAUAAAGGCAUUACAGAUACGAAACUGCUCGAAAGAUCACUCUUUGUUUCUACUUCCUAAGAUAAAAUCUGGGUACUUCGUUCAAAAGACAAGUCCUCUAUUUUAGGCUGAAGAAGCUCGAGAUCUGUGUUUCUUCACUUGCCUGAGCUUUGGUGGGUUUCUGGUGAAACCGAAGAAAAGGGUUAGUUUUUUUCUACGGAACGAAAUCGGUGACUGUUCACGAAGAAUUCAAGCUUAUGAGGCUGAAAGCGGUUUUGUUCUGCAGCACAUCCGGUUUCCGUUGAUGGGUUUUUUCAUCUCUAGGGGAAAUCUGGUCUUAGGGUUUUCAGUUCUCGAAGAUUUGGUUGGUGAAGCGUGGGGAGUUGGGGGAGGAGGGUAAAAGCUAAAAAAAGUUAUGCUUUUGGUGCUGGCUGGUGAUAGUUGUUUUCGGGACCUCGAAAUUUCGAAUCUUUGAAGAACAAAAGCUGGAAAAAAAAUUUCUGUUUCGGAACAAAAAUGAGGUUGUCAUCUGCUGGUUUCAAUACUCAAGCUCAUGAAGGAGAGAAAAGGGUUCUUAAUUCUGAGCUUUGGCAUGCUUGUGCGGGUCCUCUUGUCUCAUUACCUCUUGUCGGAAGCCGGGUCGUUUAUUUUCCACAGGGACACAGCGAGCAGGUUGCUGCUUCGACGAACAAGGAAGUAGAUGCUCAUAUACCGAACUAUCCAAGCUUGCAACCACAACUAAUCUGUCAGCUUCACAAUGUCACCAUGCAUGCGGAUGUGGAGACAGAUGAAGUCUAUGCCCAGAUGACUUUGCAACCUCUGAAUCCUCAGGACGAGCAGAAAGAUCCGUACAUUCCGGCUGAAUUAGGAGCACUGACCAGACAGCCAACGAAUUAUUUCUGUAAAACCCUUACAGCAAGUGAUACAAGUACUCAUGGUGGGUUUUCUGUUCCUCGUAGAGCCGCCGAGAAAGUGUUUCCUCCACUGGAUUUCACACAGCAGCCUCCGGCUCAGGAGUUGAUCGCUAGGGAUCUUCAUGACAACGAAUGGAAAUUCAGACAUAUCUUCCGAGGCCAACCCAAGAGGCAUCUCCUUACCACGGGAUGGAGCGUAUUCGUCAGCGCUAAAAGGCUUAUUGCCGGAGACGCUGUUCUUUUCAUUUGGAAUGAUAAGAAUCAGCUACUUCUCGGCAUAAGACGCGCCAAUAGGCCGCAAACUGUAAUGCCCUCGUCGGUUUUAUCAAGUGAUAGUAUGCAUUUAGGCCUUCUUGCUGCUGCAGCCCAUGCAGCUGCCACGAAUAGCCGCUUUACCAUCUUCUAUAACCCGAGGGCGAGCCCGUGUGAAUUUGUAAUACCACUUGCAAAGUAUGUUAAAGCAGUUUACCACACUCGUGUUUCGGUGGGCAUGCGCUUUAGGAUGCUGUUCGAAACCGAAGAAUCAAGUGUCCGUCGGUAUAUGGGCACGAUAAUGGGAAUAAACGACCUGGAUCCUGUUCGUUGGCCUCACUCGCACUGGCGGUCCGUCAAGGUUGGCUGGGACGAAUCUACCGCGGGAGAGAAGCAACCGAGGGUUUCGUUGUGGGAGAUCGAGCCUUUAACAACGUUCCCGAUGUACCCUUCUCCGUUUCCCCUUCGGCUUAAACGACCAUGGCCUCCUGGGCUUCCAUCUUUCCACGUGUCAAGUAUCAAGGAAGAUGAUUUGGGAAUGAUGAGCUCGCCGCUUAUGUGGGAUCGUGGCCUCCAAACCCUAAACUUUCAGGGUUUCGGACUAAACCCGUGGACAAUGAUGCAGCAGCCGAGGCUCGAUGUUUACCAAACAAUGGCUGCUUCUGCACUACAAGACACAAACUUCUCGACAAGACCCGUUCCAGAAAACCAACAACCUCAGUCUCUUCAGACCCAAACUCCGGCAAACAAUCUCCUAUCUCAGCAGACCCAAUUCGUUUCCGGGUCUCAGUCCAUUCCGCCGUUGUGCCAUCACCUGAGCUUCUCGGACACAAACUGCAUCGGGAAUAACCCGAUGACAAGCUCGAUUGUUUCUCCUCUCCAUACCCUUUUGGGUAACUUUCCGCAGGAUGAAUCCUCCUCCUCUCACCAAAUGCUCAACCUCACCAGAUCAAGCUCGGCUAUGGCUUCCUCUGGUUGGCCGUCAAAACGAGCUGCAGUUGAUUCAUCUUUCCAAUCCUCGGGAUCGCGUAAUAACAGUAAUAAUAAUACUGAAUGUGUGAUGGAUCAGUUACCUCCCUUCCCGGGUAGGGAAUGCUUGGCCGAGCAAGAUGGAAACACCGACCCGCAUAGCCAUCUUCUGUUCGGAGUCAGUAUAGAUUCAUCGUCUCUUCUGAUGCAGAGUGGAGUAUCGAACCUUAACGCCAUUGGCAUCGAGAAUGACUCCACAGCGUUACCCUUCUUGUCCUCAAACACCGUAAGCAUCAACGAUUUCUCAUCUAAUCUGGCCGUGAUGCCAUCCAGUUGUAUAGAUGAAUCGGGUUUUCUGCAGUCUUCGGAUAACGUUGGAUCGGAAAACCCGCAAUCCACAACCUUUGUAAAGGUUUACAAGUCGGGAUCCUUUGGAAGAUCGCUGGAUAUAUCGAAAUUCAGCAGCUACCACGAGCUGCGUAGCGAGUUAGCUCGCAUGUUCGGCAUCGAAGGCCGACUGGAGGAUCCUAUGAGAUCAGGCUGGCAGCUUGUAUUCGUCGACCGGGAGAACGACGUUCUUCUCCUCGGCGAUGACCCUUGGCCGGAGUUUGUGAACAGCGUGUGGUGCAUCAAGAUACUUUCACCGCAAGAAGUUCACCGAAUGGGCAAACGAGGGAUCGAGAUUCUUAGCUCGGGACCGUCCGUCCGGAAGAUACCUAACGGCGGCGGGUGUGAAGAUUUCGGGAAUGGGCAUGACCCGAGGAAUCUGGGCGGCAGUAUCGCCUCGGUGGCCGGCUCGUUCGACUACUGAAAACUAGGGUUAAUUAGUUUUAAGCCUUCAACCUCCUUUACUGUUACAAGAAGGAGCCUACCCUUUGGACAAAAAUCCCAACUUUGAUAUCUCUCUUUUACGAGAUAUUGUAAUUAUAAGAUCGUGUGGUUCAUAUGUAUGAUUUUAACCGCAUAGCGGUUGAAGGAGAUGUUGAUAAUGGUUUAUUAGAGAUAUAUACAAAUAUCGUUGAUAUGA